AUGGCAAUGGCGAUCAGCUCCUACAAUCUCGGUUACGUUGUCUACGUUCAACUGAAGGCUGAAUUUGCAGGAAGCAUUCCUCUUGUAUCAUUUGCCAGGGUCUUUUCUGCGUUUGGCGAGAUCCGAUCGCUGAAUUUGCAAAGAUGUAAAGUGGAUGGCACCGUUGAAGUGCAAUUCUUUGAGGAAUCUGCAGCUCUAGCGUUGUGCCAGCACAUCGACUGCCAUCAGGGCAUCAAUGGUCUAACGAUGGAUGACUCCGCAGACGCAGAUAAUGCUUUCAUUUUUGCUCCCGUUUCUACUCCUGCACGUGCAGCAGCUCCCGCUGGAGCUGAAAGAACACGAGUCUCCGCAGCGGAUGCGUUUAAUGUGGAUGACGCGCGUCUCGUGAGCGGUGAGGAAACGAGAAGCUCGAUCAUCGUGGGCCAGGUCCCAAAGGAUUGCAGUGCGAUCUCAUUCGUCGAGCAGCUUCAGCUACACAAUAUCAUGGACCGCAUCAACUUUUUCUACAUGCCGGUGGACAAAGCCAAGAGGCGGUCCUGCGGAUACGUCUUUCUUGACUUCCGCCAUCCAACGGACGUGCUGAGGUUCAAGAGUAAGCUGAAGAAGAUCGGAAUGGGCAUUGGAGCUGGCAGGAGUGGUCGCAAACUUCAUGUACACUUUGCGCACAUGCAGGGAUGGAAGGAGCUCCUCGAGCGCUACAGCGAACCCGAGUACCUAUUUCAUCCCGAUGCCAACGAGCGCCCACAGCUCUUCUUCCGCCGUCGCUUGAGGGCGUCAGAGCCCAGCUUCGAAGAUCUUCUGCCACCGGCUCCGAGGGCAGAGUUCUGGUGGGUCCCUACUUCAGACAGUCCACCACGAUCACAUGUUGCCCCGUAG